AUGAAGGGUUUCAUUCACCGCAUAUUCAAAAAGCCCCGCGUUGAAACCUACGGCCUAGACCAUGCCGUUCUCAAUAUCCAACUACCACCCCAAACAAUGUGGAUGAACAUGGGCUACUGGGAAUCCACAUCCGAUUUCCCAGAGGCUUGUCGAGCCCUGCUUGAUCAAGUCUUAGCAGCGGGUCUCUUGAAAUCCCAGUCCAAGUCUGUACGGCUACUUGAUGUUGGAUGCGGGUGUGGUGAUCAGUCACUCUACUUGACUGUCCUUCACAAGGACUUCGUAACCAAGCAACCAGCACCAGGUGGGGGUUCGGGAUCAGCUUUCCAGGCUACACCGACAUCCUCCCUCCCGCAAUCCAGAUCGCAACACGACCACAUUCCACUGAUCGAUACAUACAUUGGUAUCACACUCGAGCCUUCACAAGCAGCCCUAGCCAAAUCCCGGCUACAGCAAAAACAGCAGGUCUCGAGUCAAUCAACAAAAAUAUUCUGUGCCGACGCUGCCAAUCCCGCAAGCUGGUCUGGAGAGCUCCAAACAUCUGUAAAAGCUUUAUCGACGGUCUCACAUGAUUCAAACACGGAGACAUGGCUUCUGGCCCUCGAUACAAUCUACCACUUCCGCCCAUCGCGUUGGCCAAUUAUCCGGUUCGCGCAUGAUACUCUACAAGCCUCAUAUAUGGCAUUUGAUCUCGUUCUCGCGGAUGAUGUCUCAUUCUUCCAAGCCCUUCUACUGCGCAUUGUUUGCUGGGUCCUUGGGGCUCCAUUUGGGAACAUAGUCACACAAGAAGAGUAUAAAGGCCUUCUUGUUGGUGUGGGGUAUGAACCUUCUCAGAUUGAGAUGAGGGAUAUCUCGGACCAUGUUUUUGGGGGGCUGUCAAAGUUUUUGGGUCGGAGGAUUAAAGAGGCGGAACCCUUUGGGUUGAAGAUGGGUAAAUAUCGGGGGGCUAGAGUUGUUUUCGAUUGGUGGGCUAGGAGUAGGAUUAUUAGGGGGUAUGUGGUUGUUGCGAGAAGGUCAUGA